AUGAGGGUUUGCCGGGAACGUCUCGCAGAGUCUCCUGUGGAGCUGAUCCUGGUGAAGGAACAGAACGGGGUCCAGUUCACCACCAGCACCUUAGUGGUUCCAGCUCAGACCAACCCCAGUGGAGAGGAGGAGAGGGAAACCUGGGGGAAGAAAAUCGACUUCCUCCUCUCUGUGAUUGGAUUUGCUGUGGACCUUGCAAACGUGUGGAGAUUUCCUUACCUCUGCUACAAAAAUGGAGGAGGUGCGUUCCUGGUGCCGUACCUGUUCUUCAUGGUGAUCGCAGGCAUGCCUCUUUUCUACAUGGAGCUGGCUCUGGGCCAGUUCAACAGAGAGGGGGCCGCAGGUGUUUGGAAGAUCUGUCCCAUAUUUAAAGGUGUGGGUUUCACAGUCAUACUCAUUUCCCUUUAUGUUGGUUUCUACUAUAAUGUCAUCAUCUCCUGGGCACUCUUCUACCUCUUCUCGUCGUUCACCAGUGAGCUGCCGUGGGUCCACUGCAACAACACUUGGAACAGUCCCAACUGCUCCGACUGGGUCGAGAACGGCUCAGUCAGCGACAUUUACAAAGCCACGCCUGCUCAGGAGUACUUUGAACGAGGGGUCCUUCAUAUUCAGGACAGUCAUGGUAUUGAUGACCUGGGCCGUCCGCGCUGGCAGUUGACUUCCUGUUUGGCUGUGGUGAUUAUUCUGCUUUACUUCAGUCUCUGGAAGGGUGUCAAGACCUCUGGGAAGGUCGUGUGGAUCACGGCCACCAUGCCCUACGUGGUCCUGACUGUGCUGCUGCUUCGCGGGGUCACCCUGCCUGGAGCCAUCGAUGGCAUUAAAGCCUACCUCUCGGUGGACUUCCUGAGACUCUGCGAUGCCAAGGUUUGGAUCGAGGCCGCGACGCAGAUCUGUUUCUCUCUGGGAGUGGGGUUUGGUGUGCUAAUUGCAUUUUCCAGCUACAACAAAUUCAGCAACAACUGUUACAGAGACGCCAUCAUAACCAGCUCCAUCAACUCUUUAACCAGUUUCUUCUCUGGCUUCGUGGUCUUUUCCUUCCUUGGGUACAUGUCCCACAAACACAACGUGGCUCUGGAUAAAGUUGCUCGAGAUGGUGCCGGGCUGGUGUUCGUCAUUUAUCCUGAAGCUAUAGCAACGUUGCCUGGAUCAUCAGUGUGGGCUGUCAUUUUUUUCAUCAUGCUGUUGACACUCGGUAUCGACAGCGCCAUGGGUGGUAUGGAGUCGGUGAUCACAGGUCUAAUCGACGAGUUUAAAUUCCUUCACAAGCACAGAGAGCUGUUCACGCUCUUCAUUGUUGUUUCCACGUUCCUCAUAUCCCUCUUCUGUGUCACAAAUGGCGGGAUGUAUGUGUUCACGCUGCUGGAUCACUUUGCAGCAGGAACAUCGAUUCUCUUUGGAGUGCUUAUUGAAGCCAUCGGCAUCGCAUGGUUCUACGGAGUGGAUCGAUUCAGUGAUGACAUCAAGGAGAUGAUUGGCCAUCGGCCAGGCCGAUACUGGAGGCUGUGCUGGAAGUUUGUCAGCCCCUGCUUCCUCCUGUUUAUGGUUGUGGUGAGCUUUGCCACCUUCAACCCUCCUAACUAUGGCUCCUACAAGUUUCCUCCAUGGGCUAACAUGAUGGGAUGGUGUCUGGCCAUGUCCUCAAUGACCAUGGUGCCGCUCUACGCCAUCUACAAACUCUGCACGUUGCCUGGAAAGUUUUGCAAUCGAAUUGCUUAUGCCAUCACCCCUGAGACCGAGCAUCAUCUGGUGGAAAACGGGGAGGUUCGGCAGUUCACUCUUCAUCACUGGCUGGUCAUCUGA